AUGAGCGACGGAGAUGGAGGGCACUGUGGUGUGGCUUAUAUCGAGGCGGUGGAUGAGGCUUGGAAGCGAUGCUACGUUGAACGAUCUGCAGCCUCUACUACGAGGCUCUGCGUGAAAUGCCUCAACUACAAUUUCAGCCCGAAAAAGCUUGAUCCUGAUCAGCUACCUCCCCUAGGAGAGCGUGGAUAUGAGAAGCCAGCAGUGUUCGACACAUAUGAUAAGCUUCUUGUGUCGUCCGCAACUUGUCCCCUGCAUAAACUUGUCUUGGAAGGACUUGAACGCACUUUGGCUCGAGGUACCCAGCAGAGCUUAUCGAAAUAUGGGGUGGGAAAGAACAGCAAGGUCUUCGCCUUCAUGUUGACGAUGCAGUCGGAAGGGGAAGCCACCAUUGGCUUUUUCAUUAUACCACCUGAAGAAGAGAGGCUUCGGCAUCGUAUUUUGCAGGCCCCGAGAAUUGCGGAGUCAUAUUUGCGAGUCUAUGCAGACAAGUCCCUAGCGCACGGUACCGCAUCCUCAGGUCGCUGGGCUCGCAAUCCACCACUCACACCCUGGAGUGAGCCAUGGUUAGAUUGGCUAAAGGGAUGGCUCAACGCCUGUCUUGGGAAGCAUGGACCGGAAUGUUGCACGACGCUCUCCGGCGAGAGGAUAGAUGAGUUGUUACCUCCAGUUCUUCCCACUCGAAUUAUCGACGUAGGCCCACGGGAGGGCUCUGGAAGUGCCCGUCUUGUGGAAUCCCAAGGGGAACGUGGGCAUUACACUGCUCUCAGUUACUGCUGGGGAAGCUCUCGAAAAUCCGACCGACCGUAUCUCACCACAACAGAGACACUGGAGAAGCAUCUCUCGGAGCUUCCGUGGGACCUGCUUCCGAAGACCCUUCGGGAUGCCAUUCUCUUAACCCGGGCAGUUGGGAUGCGGUAUCUUUGGAUAGACUCGCUGUGCAUUAUCCAGGAUUCUAACGACGACUGGGAGAAAGAAGCAGCAAGAAUGGGUACCUUGUAUGCGCAGGCGCGGCUUGUUAUUGCCGCAACGAUAGGCACAGAUGCCCAGGCUGGUCUGUUUCCUUUCCAGACGUACAUUCAUCAUCCAAGCCGGAGGAGUAUUCCAAGUUGGAGGAGGUCUCCAUCUCUGUAUUUCCGCAACUUGCCGAAUGAAAGAGGAUCGCCGCAGCUCAAUCUUCCUCUCUUUACCAGAGGGUGGGCAACCCAAGAAUGGGUGCUCGCAAGACGAAUUGUGUUUUGGACGCAGGAACGAAUGUGCUGGUACUGCGCGAAUGAAUGUGUCGGGGAUGAUGGCAACAGCGUGUCCACUUACUCUGGCUUAUUCCAACGAUAUACCACUUGGAAGGAAAUCGCGACACUCUACUCCGGUAGAGAUCUCACAUACCCGACGGAUAAGCUCAUUGCUUUAAGCGGCAUCGCCAACGAAAUACAGAAGCAGAGGCCGAAAGACAACAGAAGGCGUAACACCGACAAUGGAAGGUACUUCCAGGAGGCAGGCCACUCUUGGAGCGGGGGCGAUCAAAACGAGAAGCUGCUUCUGAUCUCAACCGUGAAGCUUUGGGAUUCGGCAUUGGAUCAUGACGACCCAUAA